AUGUCGGACUUUCCAAAGCACAACGGGUCCUUCAACCCAAACGCAUAUCGCAGCCAGGCUGCGUAUGACGCCCACCUGAAGGCUUCCCGUGUCGCCAAUGCCGCUCACAAAUCCAGCAUCGCCUUCAAACCGAACAAUGAUCACCACCAAGUCCGCGUCAACACCGAAUCUCACAAGGCCGGCAACGCUCCGGCCUUCAACCGAAACGGUUAUCGCGCCGACACUCGUGUCGUCAACAACGACUUUCCCAAGCCCCGCAACGCCUUCAACCCGAACGGCUAUCGCAGCCAGGCUGCGAAUGGCGCCUCCAACAACACUUUCCGUGGCAAGAAGCAAUUCCAAAAGCGCUACAACGGACAGGCCACCCAGAAGGCGGGAACUCCCAGCAGCAACGAGACCGACAACACUCAUGAGCCCCACUUUAUGUCAGACGCAGAAGUUAGACAGUGGUUCGCCGAAGCGGAAGCGGACUAUGAGAGGGACAAGAAGGUCCCAGCCGGGGGUCAUACCCCCGACUUCAGCGCGUUCCGCAGGACGUUUGAUACCUCAAAGACCAAGGUUGGUGGUCUGAAGGAUUCGAUGCACGCGCCGAAGAAAGUCUCGGGCUCGGAACCUGCUACGCCCAAGGGUGGCAACUGA